AUGGAAAACGGCAAAUCGAACUGGAAGCUGAGCCGCGUAUCGUCUGGCAAUGAUGUUUUCGUGUACUCAAGUGUCUCGACUUCGGACGAUAUUCGCGCGGUGUUGUACGAUGAACAUGCACCAGAACAGAGCUCGUUACAUGAGGACGAGAAGGAAACAGCGAUAGGAAGGGCUGGCAUGGCAAUCGAUCAGACACAGGAUAUCAUGCAGUCCAUUGAGUUUGACGAGUUCGCCACUGAGUGUUCGAAAGCUGAGGAAAAUCUACUACAUGCCGACAUGAUAGUGGGAAUGGAAGGCCCUUGCCCAUCGCUACCUCGUCAGGUUUCUGAAGAAGAAGAAGAAGCAGUGUUGCAGGCACAAGAGGCUGACGAGGAAGUAUUCGGUACGCCUACAAGAGAGACAAGAGAUGUGGACUUUAUUCUCGAAACUGCGGAUGCAUUGCCAGGUGGAACCGACUGGCAGACGUUCUGCCAUCAGCUCGUGAGCCAAGGAACGGAGACCUUGGGGAUUGACGAGAUGGGUGCAUCAGCGUCCCAAAACCAAAAUGAAGAAAAUUGCGGUAUGAUCACUGAUAUGGAGAGUAUCACUGUAGGAAGCAGUGUCUUUGAGACGGACGACGAGAACGGUGUAACGACCACCAACGGCAUUGCAGGGCCACAGGACCUAUCGUAUGCUAUGGGUGGCCCGCAGAGCGAUACCGAUAUUGACGAGGAAAUCGAUGAUGAUGCCUAUGACGAUGACUCCGAGUGCAGUUUCAUUGUGCUAGAGAGUCCAUGUCGUCGUGGCAGGCCUACGGUGAUGCCGAACAUAGAUGGCCCAGAGAGAGUGAGCCGCCAUUUCAAAAAAAACAACAAACUCGUCAAGGGCAGGAACAUACCACGUCCAGCCUGGUUGAAAACAAAUAUGACAAAGGCGAUGGCCGAGAAGCCCAAAAGGCGUCCACAAGUCCAGAGAACCGACGGCGGGAUGUCUGAGAAUACUAAAGCCCUGGAGGACCUAAAGAAGCUAGAGAGGUCACCUAGGCACAUCUGGACUACUGAUCAGCGGAUCUUCCUCUGUGUGCUCAAUAGGUGGUAUUGUCGCUCACCAGACGCAUUUGCCGCCGUUUUCAACAACCACUACGGGCUAGAUCUCCCGUCCCGUAAGGUCACCAACCAGUUCGAGAGUUACAUUCGUCUCCACGGUAGGCGGGCUUUCCGGGAGUACGACGAUGUGUUCUACCGCACCGCCUUCAACGAUCCUCAGGAACUGGAAGCCAGUGCUAUUGGGGCCUCGCUUCGUCGACGAGAGCAAGACGCCGUAUCGCCUGAUGGACAAGCAGCGAAGGCUAAAUCCAAACGCACUAGACAUAUCAACAAGAGGUUGAAGUUGAAACAGAAAGCGCAAGCCAUUCAACGCCCUCGUCACGGAAAUCCUCAACAAGGUCACUCAAUUUGGAGGACACAGGGGUGCGCCAUCCGAGCGGUUUCAUCGUGCGAUGAAGUAAUUGUUGACAUUGAGGACCCGGUCCUUUCACAUGGAUCCUUCAUACCAGAUUGCACGAACCGCAACACCAAGUCGCUUCUGGGGAAGAUGAAACCACACGAGAAGACAUUCCCAUCUCUUGCCUUCAGAGUCUGGUCAAACGCAAGCGGUACAUUUUAUGAUGACACUGGCUUCUGGGCGAGCCUCUUCGCAUCGCAAAAGGCCGCAGCAAGCUCGCCUUCACCCCUUCCACAGAACGACAAGUAUGGACUUUUCGCGGCUUUGGCAAACUCGCAUUUGAGCAUCAAGUCCCGGGGUAAUUCUGCUUUCGUGAGCGUCGCUUCUAGCCUUCUCCAGGCCAUGAACAUAGCAAUUAAAAAGCAGGCUGAGUCGCCCGAAGAUACGAUCCGACUUGCGCUCAUCAAUCUCGAUGCUAUCGAUAAGGCCUCUGUACACUGGGGAAGUCAGGUCAUCCGGGAUCUCAAAAGCACAAAGCAGCUAUCGUUCAGAACUAAGUACCAGGCCUUGCAAGACAUUAUGGUCUGGAGGCACAUCCCGUCUUCAGCAAUCAUAUCCACCACCGACUUGGAUGACAUCGAGGAAGUAGUUGGAAAGUCUCUGUGUCUCAACCAAUUUAGGGAAGAUAUUCGCACUCCCAUGCUGGCAAAAAGACUUCGUUCUAUGCACCGAACAAUAAAUGUCGACACUGCGGAAACAUUAGGUCGCUUCGCCAGCCUCGUGGGGUUGAGAUGUGAGCAAGUGUCGAUCAAUCAUGUUCGGGAGUUCGUGACAUGUCUUGUUGAUGGAUGGUCUCUGCGUGGACCCCUAGAUAGAGCCGUUGCACUUACCUUCGCAAAGGGUUUAAAGGACGUGAUCAGCGCAUUCAUGGAAGGUUUCGAGCAGGGAACGAAGAAUCUAAUCUACUUUAAUGGGGAUCAUUGCAACCAUAUCGCCACAUAG